AUGCAAUUUCCCUAUCAAACGAAAGAGCCGGCAGCAGCAACAAACAAGAUGCCAUCUCCAUCUCCCUCACACCAUAUUAAUUUUUAUUUUUCAAGUGUCUGAAAUACAACAACCGACGAAAAAAUAUAAGAAGAAAAUAAAAAAUAAAUACGCAAAAGAAAAUCGCGGGGAGAAAGGAGAAAAGUUUAAAGACGCCGAAGGCAAAAGUUCACAUAAAGCAGCCGAAAAAAGUUUUUCAAUUAUUGUAAAAAGUGUUAAAAAGAUAGGGCCACGCGAGCGAGCGAGCGAGACGGCGAACAGAGUGCAAGCGAGACGGCGAGCAAUUAUCUUUCAUAAGCAAAAAAGUUUAGCAGGCAAAAGAGCAAACGGAAUAAGACGAACGACGGCCGACGGGGAAAUUAAAUUUAAUUAAUUGCGCUUUCAAGAGCCCCCCGGCCUCGCCCUCAAUAAUAAUUAAAAAUAUUAAACGCGUUAAUUUUCCGCUUAUUUCAUUAAAGCAGCCCACCAAAAAAACAUAUAUAUUUCGCACAAAAGGAAUACAGAAAGAAAACGCCAAGUGAGGGAAAUCUCAAGAAGAAAGACAGAAGAGCGGUGGGCAGAGAAGAGGUCACCAGAGGGUCACCAAAGAACUCGAAUAUCCAAAUCAAAGCCUAGGAUAGCCCAGCCCAAGGAUAAGGAGCGAAGAAGCCAGGGAAGCGACCAACGAACCAAAAAUGAAUCCGACGCCCGUGGGCAUUGGAUUCGGAUUUGGUCGCAAGCCGCCCAAUAAGGCCAGAAUGCGUUCUCGCUGGCGACCACCGGCGACAACCCUGCUGACCCCCGACCCCGCCGAGGGCGACAACCCUGCCGCCGACCCGCUGCAGGUCACCGAGGUCGCCCCGUCAGCAGCAACAUCCUCGCCCAUCGGCGACCGCCAUCCGCAGCAGCAGCACAGCAUCCUGCACCACCAGCCACAGCACCACCGCCAGCGCGGCCAGUUGACAACCCUGGCGCUGCUGCUACUGGCCCUCGUGGCCCUCAGCAACCUGGAAACCCUGCUCGCCGUGCGCACCGAGGGACCACGCAACCGCCAUGGAUCACCAGGUGGCAGCCUGGGCAGCACAGGUGGCAGCGGCAUCAAUACCGAGUGUCCGACGGACUCGUUCCGCUGCAACAACGGCAAGUGCAUCUCGCACCACUGGGUCUGCAAUUACCAAAAGGACUGCGACGACGGCGAGGACGAGAUGCAGUCGUGCCCCCCACCGGAAUGCGAAACGCCCCAACUGAACUGCGGGCAGUAUGUGUUCAACAAGACCUAUUGCAUCCCCCCGCAUUACCGUUGCGAUAUGAUCGAGGAUUGCGAGGAUAAAUCGGAUGAGGCCCAGUGCACUUACCGCAAGUGCCAGCACACGGACGUGUUCUGCAACGCCCCCACCGGAGCCGCCCCCGCGGAGGGCGCCCGCCUCGCCGGUCCCUGUGUGCCGAAGGAGAAGCGCUGCGACGGCUACUUGGACUGUCGCACCGGGCGGGACGAGGACGGCUGCAGCGGCGUGUCCUGUCGCCUGGACCAGUUCCGCUGUGCCAACGGACACAAGUGCAUCGACGCCGCUCUGAAGUGCAACCAUCGCGACGACUGUGGCGACAACUCCGACGAACAGGGAUGCAAUUUCCCGCCCUGCCACCACGCCCAGUUCCGGUGCUCGAACGCCCGGUGCAUCCCGUACAACUUCCACUGCGACGGAUACCAUGACUGCGCCGACAAGAGCGACGAGGCCAACUGCACGGCCAUCGCAUGUCCGGAUAACAAGCACCUGUGCCCGCGAGGUGGCGCUAGCGGCACUCCCAAGUGCAUCCUGAAGUCGCAGCUGUGCGACGGCAAGCGGGACUGCGAGGAUGGGAGCGACGAGGAGACCAACUGCUCGAUUGCCUCCUGUCCCGCCCUGAGCUGCGAGUUCAAGUGCGGACCCUCGCUGACGGGGGGUGUGUGCUACUGCAAGCCGGGUCAAUCCCUGGCCCCGGACAACCGCACCUGCGUGGACCUCGACGAGUGCGCCGAGUGGGGUCACUGCGACCAGCUGUGCACAAACACCCUUGGCUCGUACACCUGUCAGUGUGCCCAGGGCUACACUCUGAUCAACGACUCCAAGUGCAUUGCCCCGGAUGCGAACAACCUGCAGCUGAUCUUCGCCCACGAUCGGGCCAUCAUGCGAAUGCAGCCCCAUGGAAGUGAGCUGAAGGUACUGGCCAAUGCCACCGCGGCGGCGGGUGUGACUUUCCACUACGCGCGGAACACGCUCUACUGGUCGGACAUCAAGACACGGAAGGUGCAAUCCCUGCCCCUGGAUGACCAGAACAAGGCCGUCUCGCCUUUCGAUCAGACGCUUCCGGGCACCUGGGCUCCGGUCGCCCUGGCCGUCGACUGGGUGGGCGAUAAGAUAUAUGUGGCCGAUCUGGUGGGCCAGAAGAUCGAUGUCUUUGAGCUGAGUGGCCAAUGGCAUGCGGUCGUCCUUGGCUCCAACCUGACCUCACCCGCCGACCUGGCCCUGGAUCCCACGGCGGGUCUGAUGUUCGUCGCCGAUGGUGGUCAGGUGCUGCGUGCCCACAUGGACGGAACCCAUGCCCGGUCCAUUGUCUCGGAGGCGGCCUACAAGGCCAGCGGCGUGACGGUGGACAUUAUCGGGAAGCGGGUCUUCUGGUGCGACUCCCUGCUGGACUACAUCGAGUCGGUGGACUACGAGGGCGCCCAUCGGGUGAUGGUGCUCCGGGGCCAGCAGGUGCCGAGUCCCUCGCGAUUGGCCCUUUUCGAGAACCGGAUUUACUGGACGGAUGCCACCAAGCAGGGCAUCAUGUCGGUGGACAAGUUUGAGGGACCCACCUCCAUCCAAGUGACGCACAAGGCCAAGGACAUCAGGGAGCCAAAGGGCAUCAUUGCCGUGCACGCUCUCAGCCAGCCGAGGGUAUCGAAUCCAUGCGGGAACAACAACGGUGGCUGCAACCACAUGUGCAUCGUGACAGCGGUCAAGGGAGCUCCCACCGGCUUGGGAUUCCGGUGUGCCUGCUCCACGGGCUACCAACUGGAGACGGAUCUCAAGCUGUGCAAACCGGUCAGCGAGUUCCUCAUGUACUCGCAGCAGAGAUUCAUCAAGGGAAAGGUCCUGGAGCCUGUCAUCGAGGGAUUCAGUGAUGCCAUCAUGCCGGUCGUCUCACGGCGGGCCCGUUUCGUUGGCCUGGACUUUGAUGCCCGCGACGAGUUCAUCUACUACUCGGACGUUCUGCAGGAUGUGAUCUACAGGGUGCAUCGCAAUGGAACCGGCAGGGAGAUCGUCUUGGCCUCCCAGAACGAAGGUGUCGAGGGACUGGCCGUCGAUUGGGCCUCCAAGAAUCUGUACUAUAUCGAUUCCCGCAAGGGUACCUUGAACGUCCUAUCCACGCGGAAUGUCACUCAUAGGAGAACACUGCUGAAGAACCUUAAACGUCCGCGGGCCAUUGUGGUCCACCCCAAUCGAGGAUUCAUCUUCUUUUCCGAAUGGGAUCGUCCUGCGAAUAUCACCAGAGCCAAUACCGACGGCAGUGGUCUGUUGGUCUUCAAGAACGUGACCCUGGGCUGGCCAAACGGUCUGUCCAUUGACUUCAAGGAGGAUCGGGUCUACUGGUGCGACGCUCUAUUGGAUCACGUCCAGCACGCCAACUUGGAUGGCACGGACAUAAAGACGGUCAACUCCCGCCUGGUGCGACAUCCCUUCUCCAUUGUCAUCCACAACGACUGGAUGUACAUCACGGACUGGCGCCUGGACGCCAUUAUCCGGCUGCACAAGCUCACCGGCGAGCAGGAGGAGAUGAUGGUCAGGGAGCCGCAAACGAACAGGCUCUACGGGGUCAAGGUGUACAGUCAUGAGGUGCAGAGGAUCGCGGAUACGCAACCCUGUCACCGGAACAACGGUGGCUGCCAGAAGAUCUGCUUCGCAGUUCCGAUUGGAGGAACAAAUGGUACGACCGGCGAGGUCACCACCACAUCGCCGCCCUCCUUCGGUCGCCUGCAGUCCCGCUGCUCGUGUCCCUACGGCGAACGCCUGGCCGAGGAUCAGAUGAGCUGCAUCCCCGAUCCCAGUGCCGAACCCCCGGUGCAACCGUGCCCGAACUCCUGGGACUUCACUUGCAACAACCAGAGGUGCAUUCCCAAGUCGUGGGUAUGCGAUGGCGACGAUGACUGUUUGGACAACAGCGAUGAGGAGCAGAACUGCACAAAACCCACCUGCGGAUCCAACGAGUUCCAAUGCCGAUCUGGUAGGUGCAUUCCCCAGAACUUCCGCUGCGACCAGGAGAACGACUGUGGCGACAACUCCGAUGAGCAGGAGUGCGGCAACGUGACCUGCGGCACCUCCCAGUUUGCCUGUGCCAACGGACGCUGCAUCCCGAACAUGUGGAAGUGCGACAGCGAGAACGAUUGCGGCGAUAGCAGUGAUGAGGGCGACUUCUGUGCCGAGAAGACCUGCGCCUACUUCCAGUUCACCUGCCCCAGGACGGGUCACUGCAUUCCACAGAGUUGGGUUUGCGACGGCGACGACGAUUGCUUCGACAAGCAGGACGAGAAGGACUGUCCCCCGAUCUCCUGCCUGGCGAAUCAGUUCAAGUGCGCCGAUCUGCGGCAGUGUGUGGAGGAAUCAUACAAAUGCGAUGGCAUACCGGACUGCAAUGAUGGCUCCGACGAGGUGGGCUGCCCCCCAAUGGGACCCAAUCAGUGCAAUCUGGAGAAGCACUUCCGCUGCAAGUCCACCGGGUUCUGCAUCCCAAUCGCUUGGCACUGCGAUGGCUCCAACGACUGCUCGGAUCACUCGGAUGAGCAGGACUGCGGCCAGAUCACCUGUGCCCAGAACUUCUUCAAGUGCAACAACACGAACUGUGUGUUCAAGGCCUACAUUUGCGAUGGCAAGGACGAUUGUGGGGACAACUCGGACGAGGGAGCCGAGCACGCCUGUGUCCCGCCGCCCUUCAAGUGUCCCCACGGCCAGUGGCAAUGUCCCGGGGUCUCCGAGAGGUGUGUGAACAUCACGUCCGUGUGCGACGACACCCCCGACUGUCCCAAUGGCUCCGACGAGGGCGAAGGCUGCGACCUGGCCGAGUGCGAGCAUCAGGCGGGUCAGUGCUCUAGCUUCUGCCAGAAGACCCCCAACGGAGCGCUGUGCGUCUGUCCACCCGGGUCGGAAAUCGGCGAGGAUGGCUACACCUGCAUGGACACGAACGAAUGCGAUCCCCCCGGCCUGUGCUCCCAGCAGUGUACCAACACCAAGGGCUCCUACUUCUGCUCCUGCACGGAUGGCUACAUCCUGGAGCCGAAUAAGCACACCUGCAAGGCGGUCAAUCACACAGCCGCCUUCCUCAUCAUCUCCAACCGCCACUCGAUUCUGGUGGCCGAUCUCAAGGAGCAGGGACUCGAACGGGUGCCCAUCAUCGUGGAGAAUGUGGUGGCCACCGCCUCGAACAUGCACACGGGCACCAUCUUUUGGAGCGACAUGAAGCUGAAGAAGAUCUCACGAUUGGAUCGCGGCAUGGAGCCGCAGGAGAUCAUCAACACUGGCUUGGAUCUAGUCGAGGGCCUGGCUUACGAUUGGAUAGCCCAGAAUCUAUAUUGGCUUGACAGCAAGCUGAACACCAUCGAAGUAUCCGCAGAGAACGGCUCGAAUCGCCUGGUAUUGGUCAGGGAGAACAUCACCCAGCCCAGGGGCAUGUGCAUCGAUCCCAGUCCUGGGGCUCGGUGGAUCUUCUGGACGGACUGGGGCGAGAACCCCAGGGUGGAGAGGAUCGGCAUGGAUGGUACGAUGAGGAAGACCAUAAUCAACACCAAGAUCUAUUGGCCCAAUGGUCUGACCCUGGACAUAGCCACGAAGAGGGUUUACUUUGCCGACUCCAAGCUGGACUUCAUCGACUUUUGCUACUACAAUGGAACCGGAAGACAGCAGGUCCUGGCUAGCAGUCACUACCUGCUGCAUCCGCACUCGCUGUCUCUGUUUGAAGACACGCUCUACUGGACGGAUCGGCAGCUGAAUCGCGUCCUGUCCGCCAACAAGUUCCGUGGCAAGAACCAAACGGUGGUAUCUCAUCUGAUCAGUCAGCCGCUGUCCAUCCAUGUGCAUCAUGCCUCCCUGCAGCCGAUGACACCGAAUCCCUGCGCCGGAGCACGCUGCCAGCACCUGUGCCUGCUGAGUCCCAGUGCCCAGGAAGGCUACUCCUGCAAGUGCAAGCCGGGCUUCAAGCUGCUCAGCGAGGGUCGUUGCAUCGAGGAGGAGAAUCCCUUCCUGAUGGUCGUCAAGGGCACCCAGAUAGUGGAUCUACCCUUGAAUGGAGGCGAUGCCCGGGCCGGAGCCUUGGCCCCCGUGAUUGGAAUCGAGAGCAGUACAGGGCUGGACUUUGAUCGCAAGGGAGAGACGCUGUACUGGGUGCAGGGCAGGGAGGACGAUGACGAGAACUGCACCAUCUACACCACACCCUAUGGUGGUGGCAACAAAACCCUAUUCCUGGGCACCGAAAGCGGCAUCGUGGGUGCCCCCUAUACCAUCGCCUUCGACUGGCUGGGCAGGAAUCUGUAUAUCGGCAACCGGGUGGCCAGCAACAUUGAGGCCGUGCGAGUGGAUGGCAAGCAGAAGUACCGCACCAUAAUCCUGGCCAACGAUGGUUACCCCAACUCCGUUUCCCGGCCCAAGCAAAUCGUGCUCGAUCCCACCGACGGGAAGCUCUUCUGGAUCGACGAGGGUGUGCUGGAGGUACCGAUUAAGAUCGGCAGGGUGGACAUGAACGGACAGAACCCCAUUGUGGUCUUCCAGGACUUUGCCCACCCCGAAUCCCUGGCCGUAGACACGGAGAAGAAGAUGCUGUACUACAGUGCCAGCAAUCCGGCGGUGAUCGGUUCCAUGGACUACAAUGGCGAUGAUCACACACUAAUCGUGAUGAAGGACUCGCACCCGAUGGCCAAGCCCCGCAGCCUGGGCAUCCUGGAUCACAGGCUGUACUAUCUGGAUCCAUUGUACGAGCGUAUUGUGAGGAUUGAUCUGCCGCAUGGCGAUAAUCCCAAAACCAUCGUGGACAACGAAUCCGAUCUGCGGUCCAUGAUGAUCUACAAGAAGCGCGCCCUGAUGCAACAUUCCUGCCAGACGAACAACGGUGGUUGCAAGCACCUCUGCAUCCCCGGAGCUGGAGCGACAAGGACCUGUGCCUGCGGCAUUGGUUAUCGCAAGGAGAACGAGAUCAACUGCGUGGCCUACAAGACUUUCGCCGUGGUCUCCCAGCUGGACAUGAUCAGGGGCUACAGUCUGAGCGACAGCUCUGAGGCCAUGGUCCCGGUGAGCGGACCUGGCCAUCACAUUCUCCACGUGGAUGUGAUGUACCGCGAGCAAUGGAUAUACUGGGCAGAAUACAAUCGUGGCUACUGGAACGGCAUCUUCAGGUCGCGACCCAAUGGCACCGAUCUGCAGCAUGUGGUCAAGGAUGGCAUCGGUAGCAAUGGCAUCCGCGGACUCACCAUCGACUGGGUGGCCGGCAAUAUGUACUUCACCAAUGUCUAUCCCCACGAGAAUUACGUGGAGGUCUGCUGGCUGGAUGGCAGCAAUAGAAAGGUGUUGGUCAAGACAACCACCGAUGCUCCCCGUGAACUGGCCGUGAAUCCCAUCAAGAGGCUGCUCUACUGGAUCGACUACGGCCAGCAUCCGAGGAUCGGAAAGGCCCUGCUGGACGGCAGCAAGUGGACCCCACUGGUGACGUCGGGUAUCUCGUUGCCUCGCGAUCUCACCAUCGACAUGCAGACGCACGACAUCUACUGGGUAGACUCGAAGUUGGACACCAUCCAGAAGAUCUCGUUCAAUGGCGUAAACCGCAAGGUGAUCCGCCGUGAUCUGCCCAAUCCCAUGGGCAUCGCUGUCUACCUGAACGAUGUCUACUGGGUGGACAGGAACCUGAUGACGGUGUUCAAGGCCUCCAAGCACAGUGCCAAUGAGACGGCCACCAGGGUGAGGACCAACCUGGAGAAGCUGCGCGACAUUGCCAUCUACAACAUUAACAACCAGCCUCAGGACGACACCAAUCCGUGUGCCCACUUGGGCAAUGGCGGCUGUGAUCAGUUGUGCUUUAGUUUCCCACCGGAGGGCGGCGCCACUGGUCCUUCGGGCAGGAACUUCCGUUGCGAAUGCGCCACCGGAAAGCUGAGCUCUGAUGAGCGCAAGUGCGAGGUGGUCAAUGAGUACCUGGUAUUCGCCACGAGAACAGAGAUUCGUGCCGUCAACCUGGAUCCCCAUUCCACGGAGGUGCCCUUCACCCCGCUGACAAAUCUCACGAAUGUCGUGGGCCUGGACUUUGACUUUGCCGACAACCGAAUGCUCUACACCCAGAUCCGCCCGUGGGCCAAGAUCGCCUACACCAAGGCGAACAAGCCGGGUCACGACGACAUCACCGUGGUCCUCAACAAGGGCAUCAACCCCGAGGGCAUUGCCUACGAUUGGACCCAGCAGAAGAUCUACUGGACUGACAGUUCGAACAACUCGAUUUAUGCCAUGAAUCUCGAUGGCAGCGAACUGGUGAUGAUUGCCCGCGUGGAGAGGCCCAGGGCCAUUGUCCUGGAUCCCUGCAAUGGCACCUUGUUCUUCACGGACUGGGGCAGGUUUGGCACCUCUGGAAAGAUAUUCCGCACCACCAUGGCUGGUUCUUUGAAGAGGGCCAUCGUGGAUAAGGAUCUGUCGCAGCCAAGUGGCUUGGCCAUCGACUACGACGAGAGGCGACUUUACUGGACGGAUGCGGUGAGGGAGAAGAUCGAGAGAUCCGAUCUGGAUGGUCAGAAUCGGGAGCUCCUGGUUGCGGCCACCAUUUAUCCCUUCGCCAUUACGGUGUUCCGGAACUACAUAUACUGGACGGAUCUGCAGCUGAGGGGAGUUUACCGGGCGGAGAAGCACACCGGAGCCAAUAUGGUGGAGAUGGUGAAGCGCCUGGAAGAUUCCCCGCGAGACAUUCGCAUCUACAGUGCCGAUCGGCAGAAGUGCAAUGUGAAUCCCUGCCGGAUCAACAACGGCGGCUGUGCCCAGAGCUGCCAUCCGGCUCCAAAUGGCAAGGCGGAGUGCAAGUGCGACGACAACACCAAGGUGGUCAACGAGGGCAGGAUGUGUGCGCCCAGGAACAACACGUGCGAGGCCAGCAAGUUCUACUGCAAGAACGGCAGGUGCAUCUCGAGGAUGUGGUCCUGCGAUGGCGAUGACGACUGUGGCGACAAUUCGGACGAGGAUCCCAACUACUGUGCCUACCACUCCUGCUCGCCGAACGAGUUCCGCUGCAACAACGGACGCUGCAUCUUCAAGUCCUGGAAGUGCGACCACGAAAACGACUGCAAGGAUGGCUCCGACGAGCUGGGCUGCACCUAUCCACCGUGCGUGGACGGUGAGUUUACCUGCGGCAAUGGCAGGUGUAUUCCCCAGGCCCAGGUGUGCAAUGGGGUGAACGACUGCAAGGACAAUGCCACAUCGGAUGAGACCCACGAACGGUGCCCCAUGAACACCACCUGUCCGGCCAAUCAUCUCAAGUGCGAGAAGACCAACAUCUGUGUGGAGCCCUAUUGGUUGUGCGAUGGGGAUAACGAUUGCGGCGACAACUCCGAUGAGGAUCCCCUGCACUGUGGCCAACGAACCUGUCCCACGAACAGCUUCCGCUGCCCGAACCACCGAUGCAUUCCGGCCACCUGGUACUGCGACGGGGAUGAUGACUGUGGUGAUGGAGCUGAUGAGCCCCCAGAUUACUGCAAAUCCGAGGGACGAACCUGCUUCGGGGAUCUCUUCACCUGCGACAAUGGCAACUGCAUACCCAGGAUCUACAUCUGUGAUGGAGACAACGACUGUCUGGACAACAGUGAUGAGGAUAACCGGCAUCAGUGCAAUGACCGCAAGUGCGAUGAGGAAACGGAGUUCACUUGCGUGGAGAACAAAUCCUGGCAGCGUGCCCAGUGCAUACCCAAGAAAUGGAUCUGCGAUGGAGACCCAGACUGUGUGGAUGGAGCCGACGAGAACACCACCCUGCACAACUGUGCCACCCAGCAACCAUGCGGCGAGGACAUGUUCACCUGCGGCAACGGACGUUGCAUCAACAAGGGAUGGAUUUGCGACCACGACAACGAUUGCGGCGAUGGCACCGACGAGGGCAAGUUCUGCAACUCCAAGUACAAGACCUGCUCGGCCCAGGAGUUCACCUGCCAGAACUUCAAGUGCAUCCGGAACCAGUCGAGGUGCGAUGGCGAGGACGACUGCGGCGAUCACUCGGACGAGGUGGGCUGCGCCAAGGAGAACAUCACCUGUCCGCAGGGACAGUUCGCCUGCACGAACGGCCAGUGCAUCGACUACAGUCUGGUGUGCAACAAGUAUCCCGACUGUGCCGACGAGUCCGACGAGCCGGCACAUUGCAAUGUGGACGAGUGCGCCAAGGUGGAGAUCAAUCAGUGUGGUCACAAGUGUGUGGAUACGCUGACCGGCUACUACUGCGACUGCAAUGAAGGAUACAAACUUCUGGGCGAUGGCAAGGCGUGUGCGGAUGUGGACGAGUGCCUGGAGCAGCCAGGAGCCUGCUCGCAGCACUGUUCCAACACCCCGGGUGGAUUCUACUGCAAGUGUGAUGAGACCUACUACGAGAGGCAGAACGACGAACACACCUGCAAGCGAAAAGACAAAAUCCCGCCCUGGCUGAUCUUCACCAACAAGUACUAUGUGCGCAACAUGUCGGUCGAUGGACAUCAGUACAACCUGAUGCACCAGGACUUGAUGAAUGUGGUGGCCCUGGACUUUGAUAUCCGCGAAGAGUACAUGUACUUCUGCGACGUGACGGCCAAGACGAUCUUCCGGGCGAAGUACGGGCAGGCGGAUGACGAGAUGCCGCCAGAGAGGGAGGCUGUCAUCAGGCACGAUUCCCACGGCCUGGAGGGCAUCGCUAUCGAUUGGGUCGGUCGAAAGCUCUACUGGCUGGACAGGCACUCCAAGAACCUGGAUGUCUCCGAGCUGGAUGGAACCAAGCGGAAGACUCUGAGAAGUGGCGUGGUCGAUCCCCGUGCCAUAGUGGUGCAUCCUGGAAUCGGUUAUCUGUACUUCACCUCGUGGCAUCUGCAGGCCUACAUUGCCAAAAUGGGCAUGGAUGGCUCGAACUUCUCGAGGAUUCUGAACUGGAAUGACGGCAUCGCCUGGCCGAAUGCCCUGUCCAUUGACUACUUCACGGAUCGCAUUUACUGGGCCGAUGCCCACUUGGACUACAUAGCCUAUGCCGAUUUGGAGGGCAGACAUCGUCACACAGUGCUCUCAGGCAGCAAGGUGCCCCAUGUAUUUGCCCUCAGUCUCUUCGACGACUAUAUCUACUGGAGUGACUGGAACCUAAAGGCGAUUGUCAGGGCCAACAAGUUCCAUGGUGCCAACUACACGGUGCUGAGGAACACCACCCAUCGUCCCUACGAUUUGCACAUUAAUCAUCCGCUGAGACAAUUGCCCUACACCAAUCCUUGUGGCACAAACAAUGGCGGCUGCUCCCAUCUCUGCCUGAUAGCUCCGCCCCCGGAGUCCACCUAUCUUAACAUCGAGGGCUAUAUCGAGGAGGGAGCUCCGAUCUUCAAGUGUGCCUGUCCCAAUCAAUUCUAUUUGGCCAGGGACAUGAAGACCUGCGUUGCCAAUUGUACGGCCGGGCAGCACUUGUGCGGCGGACGGGAUGAGAAGUGCAUACCUUGGUUCUGGAAGUGCGAUGGCGAAAAGGACUGCAAGGACGGCUCCGAUGAGCCAGCCACCUGUGCCCCUCGACACUGCAGGGCCGGCACGUUCCAGUGCAAGAACACAAACUGCACACCAUCGGCGACAAUUUGCGAUGGAGUUGAUGACUGCGGCGAUCGCAGCGAUGAACAGAAUUGCGACCUGCCCUGUCCACUAUCCGACUUUAAGUGCAAAUCUAGCGGUAGGUGCAUCCUGGACAGCUGGCGCUGUGAUGGAGAUGCCGACUGCAAGGAUGGCAGCGACGAGGACCCCGCCGUGUGCUUCAAGCGCACCUGUGACCCCAAGACGGAGUUCGCCUGCAAGAAUGGACGCUGCAUUCCCCAACUGUGGAUGUGCGAUUUCGACAACGAUUGCGGCGAUGAUUCCGAUGAGCCAGCCUACAUGUGCCGCCAGAGGAACUGCACCACCGGCUGGCAGAGGUGUCCUGGCCAAUCCAACUACCGCUGCAUACCGAAGUGGCUGUUCUGCGAUGGCAAGGAUGAUUGCCGCGACAACAGUGACGAGCUGCCGGAGAACUGUCCCAAGUGCAAUCCGGAAACGGACUUUAAGUGCGGCAACAACCGAUGCAUACCCAAGCAAUGGAUGUGCGACUUCGCGGACGAUUGUGGCGAUGCCAGUGACGAGAACGAGGCGGUGUGCAAGGGUCGCUAUAGGGAGUGCUCCGAAUCGGAGUUCCGCUGCGGCAACGGCAAGUGCAUCUCUUCCAGGUGGCAGUGCGACCACGAGGACGACUGCGGUGACAACUCGGACGAGAUGCACUGCGAGGGCUAUCAGUGCAAGAACGGUACGUUCCAGUGUGCUUCCGGCCACUGCAUUGCCUCCUACUUCCGGUGCGACGGAGAUCGCGACUGCCGCGACAUGUCCGACGAAGUCGGAUGUCCGCCGCGCUUCCCCGGCGGUCGCUACUGUCCGGAGUCGCGGUUCCAGUGCAACAACAACCUGUGCGUCUCCCUGUCCGACCUGUGCGACGGCACCGACGACUGCGGCGAUGGCAGCGACGAAGACCCGAGCGUCUGUAGUGACUUCAAUUGUGAUACCCUGCGGCGGUUCCAGUGCUCCAAUCACCGAUGCGUGGCCCGCUACCAGAUCUGCGACGGGGUGGACAACUGCGGUGAUGGCAGCGACGAGAACAACAUGACCCUCUGUGCCAGCAAACAGAAGCCCUGCGACCUGUACACCCAGUACCAGUGCGCCAACAAGCACUGCAUUGAGCGCUCCCAGGUGUGCGACUUCUCCGACGACUGUGGCGAUGCCAGCGAUGAGCUGGGCUGCCACCACACCAGCAGCUGCUCGGAACAGAACCGCGGCGGGUGCCAGCACCACUGCCACAACCUCACCGAUGGCGGCUACAUCUGCACCUGCUAUCCCGGCUACAUCAUAGCCGUCGACAACAAGAAGAAGUGCUCCGACGUGGACGAGUGCCUCACGCGGCAGCACACGUGCUCGCAUCAGUGCCACAAUCUCAACGGCACCUACUCUUGCAGCUGCCGCGAGGGAUUCCACCUCACCGAUGGUGCCAGCGGCGUCUGUCGGGCCGAAAAGGAGGACGUGAUCCUGGUCUUCGCCAAUGGCCAGGAGAUCAGGGGCCUCGAUCUCCAGAAGCGCGAGGAGUUCGAUGUAAUAGCGGCGGAGAAAAGGAUCGAGGCGCUGGACUACGAUGCCCAGCAGCAGAUCAUCUUCUGGGCCGACAGCUAUGACAAGACCAUCAAGCGAUCCUACAUGGUCAACGCCAUCGAUGGCCGGGCCAAGAUCGGCUUCGCCCAGGAUCUGAACAUGAAGGGUGGGUCGAAACCCACGGCCGUGGCCGUCGACUGGCUGGCGUCGAAUCUCUACUGGACCGAAAUGGACAGAACGGGCUCCAAGCCCCGCGGUCGUGUGAUGGUGGCCAAGACCGAUGGUCGGUAUCGCCGGUCGAUAGUGAAUGCUGGAUUGGAGGUGCCAACCUCGAUAGCCGUCAAUCCGCAGCUGGGCAGGAUCUACUGGUCGGAUGCGGGCUCAGCGCCCAAGAUCGAGGUCUCCUGGAUGGAUGGCUCCAAGCGUCGGCCACUGAUCACCGAGCUGAUCCGCCAUCCGGCAGGCCUGACCAUCGAUUACUCGCAGGAUCACAUCAUCUACUGGGUGGACACCAAGCUGAAUGCCAUUGAAUCGAUGCGGGCCGACGGCUCCAGGCGGAAGGCCAUCGUGAAGGGUGACCAGCUGCGGCAUCCGGUGUCCCUGGACCUCUUUGAGUCGAAUAUGUUCUGGAUGACCCGCGACACCGGGGAGCUGGUGCGCCAGGAUAAGUUCGGGCGCGGAGUGCAGGUGGUGCUGCAUCGCAACCUCGUCAAUCCGUCCGGCCUGAAGGUGUACCACGACAAGCGGUACAACACCUCGCUGCCCAAUCCGUGCGACAACUCCACCUGCUCCCACCUGUGCCUCCUGGUGCCCGGCGGCCACCGGUGCGCUUGCCCAGACGCCUCCGGGCCGCCGCCCUCGCACCGCAGCACCGCCGAGGUGAUCUGCAACGCCGCCGCCGAGCAUCCGCGUCCCGCUCCGCGGAUCUGCCCGUGCCAGAAUGGCGGCCUCUGCAAGGAGGACGCCCAGGGCGAGCUCAUCUGCGACUGCCUCGCCGAGUUCCGCGGCGAGCACUGCGAGACGAGCACCACGGGUGCCUUCGGCCACGGUGGCGCCAACGUCACCGCCGUCGUGGUGCCCAUCAUGGUCAUCCUCCUGGUGAUGAUGGCCGCCGCCGGCGCCUGGUACGUCAUCCGGAAGCGACCCUUCGGCAAAUUGGCUCGCAUGCCGGCGAUGACCUCGUCGCAGAGCGUGACCUUCCGCCACGGGUCGAACGUGGAGUUCAGCGAGAGCGGCUUCCCAGGGGCAUCCGCGCCGGGAGCCGGCGACGUGGCGCCCAUCGAGGGCUACAACCUGCAGACGGUGAACGCGAACAAGGCGCGCGACUUUGCCAAUCCGAUGUACGAUGCGGUGCAGUCGGGCACCACCGCCGAUCCCGGCAUGGGCAACGGUUCGGGCAUCUACGAUGUGCCGGGCGAGCCGUCGGCCAAGGGCAAGUCCAUGGGCCACCAUGCGGGCGGCUCCUUCACGGAGCCCGCCUCGGCGAUCAUCGCGCCCAGCAGCAUCACGCACAAGGCGUCGCCGCAGCUGCAGCUGCGCACCAGGGAGCUGGACCCCUCGGCGGACACCGGCAAGGACACCCAGUUCCUGGUGGAGGAGGACAAGUCCGAGUGCUGAUAUCAAGCCCGUCAAUCGGCUGCCGUUGCGAUGGCCAGCUGUCGCCAGCAGCGCCGGCAGCAUCGUCCGGAGAACAGCUACCCGCUGCAGACAUAACACAGACUGGUCAUG